AUGAUCCUUUCAAGGAAUAGGAUCUAUCAUAGUACACACCGACUGAUCACAAUCACAGCCUCCUCUCCAACCCCAUCCACCACGACUUUACGAAGCAACCACUCUCCUACAACCACUCCAGCUCCAACAAAGCCUCUAUCCACGGCAGACUCGCCAGCCAGUCAAUCGCCAACAUCUGCUGCGGCUGCAACAAGUUCCAGCAAAGCUUGGAUUGCGGGUGUUGUCGUUGGUCCUAUUGCAGGCAUUGCACUAAUUGCGGCUCUUAUACUGUGGUGGAUCUAUCGCCAAAAGCGAAAGCAAUCCUUGUCAUCCCAAGAGCAACUGUUUAUGGGCCACGGUCAUCCGCAGUCACUACAGUCCACGGGAUAUCCGCCACAAUAUCCCACGGGAUACCCGUCACACCACUCGAAUGGGUAUCCGAUGGAAACUUAUAAGCAAAUGCACGAACUGGGCACUGCCCAGACUCCUCGUUUAUAUGAGCUAGGCUCGGCUGGUAACAGGUAG